AUGACUUACCAACUUAUUCUUUCUUUGAAAUCUUUUGAACCAAAAUUGAUUGAAAAUUACCUUAAAAACGUUCAAAGUCUAGCUCAUAAACUAAAGAAUGAACAGCUUGUGGGACGCUCUGUGAGCUCUUUAAGAAAUACGGGCGCGUCACCGACUAAAAUUAGAAAAAUUACAGUACUAAGCUCACCCCAUAUCGAUAAAAAAGCUCGCGAACAGUUCGAAAUGCGUGUUUUUCAAAAACAUUUAAGAGUGGAUACUUUUUCUACUUUUCUCGAGUUUUUUCUGUUUGUAGACCUCUUUAAAGCUAUUGCAUCCGUCGGUGUACAAAGCAAACUCAAGUUCCAAACACGAACCAAACUUUAA